AUGAAACCGCUUCUUAACAAAUAUAUCCAAACGUUAAGAUAUGCUUUAAAUGGUAGAUAUACAUGGAGGUACGUAUCUUUUACCCUCCAGCGUAGUAACUGCAACAAUAUAGAGAGAAAAACCUGCACAAGUCAGGUAAAACCAAAAGAGAACGAGGACGUUUUAAAAGUUUUACGGAGGAAUAAUUUUCCGUUAAAUAUAAACUUCAAUAAGAUAGGUACAUUUACAGUUUUUAAAGGGGGAGGAGGAGAAGGAGGGGGAGAAAAUUUGUUGUAUGAUAGAAUUAUUUGCCAACCAAGCAGUUAUGAGCAACUGGAAAAAUUUAUACAUAUUUUAGAAAAAGAAGAAAUUAUAAACAGUUUUGAUAUAUAUUAUUACGAAGACAUGCUGAGCAAUAUAAAAUUAAAUAGGGCUCAAAAUAUGAGGGAAAUAUUUAUAAAUGUAAAAGAGAUAAUGGAAAAUAAAAAAAUAAAAAAUGAUGAAAAAAAAAAAUUCCUUGAAAAAAAAAAUAUUAAUUCACUUUAUUAUUACAACAUACAAAGGUAUGAACAUAAUGUAGAUCCGUCUUCUUUUCUUAUUGACAAAAAAAGAUUAACAAAAGAAGAAUACACAUAUCAGUAUAUAUCAACAGCAUUACCAUAUAUAUGUUUCAUCUUUAUGCUAUUUUUCCCGCAUUUUUUAAUAUGUUUUUAUAUACCUUAUAUUAAAAAAAAAAAUGAAGGUCAAAGAAAAUUGUGCCAAAUUUUACAAUUUAAGCAAAAUAUUCAUUCAUAUAAAGAUAUAAAACCUGAACAAGUCAUAAAUGUUAUAGAUAAUAAUGUAAAGACAAUUAUAUUCUUUUACAAUAAUAACAUAUUUUUAAAUAUGUAUAUUAAAUCUUUAAUGGUUGAUUUGUCCAAAAUUUUUAAAUCAAAUUAUGUGCCAGUGAAUGUUGUAGGGAUAGACACUUCAAAAUAUGGUAUUCAUUAUAACGUGUUAAAAGAUGUCAAUGAAAAUUUAUUCCCCGUACUUUACUUUAUACUUCCAUAUCAUUACAACAAUGAUAGUGCUGUUCUGAAAAUUGAAAAGCCGCUCACACUUGAAAAUAUUCUUUCCCAAAUAAAGGACUUCGUUCAUGUACCUCGUACCGCCUUCCAUCAAAUAAAGGAACUAAAUACCCUUAACAGUAAACUUAAAAAAUGCAUAUUCGAGCAUGAAAUUAUGAGAAAAAGGAAAGAAGAUAUAUUAUAUGAGUACGGUAGCGAAGUAGCUCACUUGUCUUGCCUACAUUAUAGUGACAAAGUAUCCUUUUAA